AUGAGUACGGUGUCGAAGAAGGGUCCUCGAAAAGUCAUCCUCAUCACCGGUGCCACCGGCGGUAUCGGACGAGCGACAGCAUGUUCUUUUGCCCGGACCGGACAGUAUGACCUCGCACUCCACUACCAUACCGCCAAACAAGACUCUCGCGAUCGCCUCCUGCACGCCAUCAACGACUCCGUGACGAAAGUCAUCGAUGUAGCUCUCUUUCAGGCUGAUCUAUCAUCCUAUAUGGAAGUCCGGCGCCUACACAAGGAAGUGCAGGAGCAGUUCGGAGGAAUCGAUGUGCUAUUCGCUAACGCUGGCACCACGGGUGGAAUGAUUGGAGUUCAGAGCCUUGCCGACGUGCCGAUUGAUGUGAUGGGGAACAGUGUAGCGAAGAAGGGCAUUACGGUAAACGCUGUGGCGCCGGCGUUGAUCGAAGGCACGAGUAUGAUGGCGGGUGCUGAGCAAGUCGGAGAAGCGAAGAAGAGAAUGGUUGCGAAUGUACCUGUAGGACGUCUUGGACGACCAGAGGAAGUUGCGGAGACGGUCAAGCAAACAAGUCUGAGCUUUCAAUCGCACUCCACCAUUAGUCAAAAAGUUCAACUGCGCGGUCACUGCUUCCCACGAAAGACAACCACCGCCGCCACGAACAUGGCAGCACCUGGCGAUCUUGCACCAGGCUACAAGCCGCUCUUCGAGAGCAUCAUCUCUCGCUUCGACAAUGCCGAGUUCAGCGACCUCACCAUCACAUGCGGCAAUGACAGUUGGCCAGUUCACAAGGUCAUUGUCUGCUCAAGAUCCGACUUCUUCAAGAAAGCAUGCGAUGGGCGCUUCAAGGAGUCUGAUGGUAUCAUCUCCCUACCUGAUGAUGACCCAGCCGUCGUCCGCCAGAUGCUAAAGUACCUCUACACCGCCGACUACGAGGACGACACUUCCUUCGUGCCAGGAGACACGCCUGAGCCGGUGCCCGCCUUGCUCUUCACUGUGCACGUCCACACUAUUGCAAACAAGUACGACAUACCAGCUUUAGCCAAGCUUGCAGAAGCCAAGUGGGCCGAGCGCGCGGUCACCGAGUGGAACACGCCAGGCUUCGCGGACGCUAUCGAGGAGAUGUAUACCACGGCGCCAGACAGCAAGCAGGUCUUACAGGAAGCUGCUCUCACAUUGGCCAACGAGCACGGCAAGGAGUUGUACACCAAAGACUUCGGUGCUCGGUUCAAAGAAGUCGCAGCGACUGUCACUCCCUUCACAUCGGAAUUACUCGGCCGCCAGAUGAGCUCAGUACACGCGGAGGAGCUCAACUGCUACAACUGUCGGCACUGUGGGAAUUCGGUCUACUUGCAGACUGUUGAGACUACCAAAGCUUACUGGUGCGCUUGGUGUGCCCGCUCUGCACAAGGCACCAAGUGGAUUCUGCGUUUCCAGCUGAAGGCAUUCACAUGCAAGAGCUGCGACUAUCAAUUUGCACUUCAGGGCCAUACCGGUCCAAGCUGCACGUGCCCCAAGUGCCACGAAGCCAAGGGCAAUGGUAAUGGGCUUUAG